GGAGGGGGCGGGUUCGGCUGCGCCCACUGUAACGCGAUCGCCGGCGCGCACCGACGCCGUUACACGCGCACACGUUGCCGCAGCGCCGCGCGUCCGCUCGCUCCGCUCUCUCGCUCUCUCGCUUUACUUAGGCAGUCACUUAGUCAGCGAGUCGGCUCGCGGACGCAGCGGCGGAGCGGAGUGCAGCGCGAGGACAGCGCUGGAGCGUUCCCGUCGCGUCGCGCGCGCUGCAGGAGGAGGUGGCGCGGACUCGGGCGAAGCCGAGCGCUUGCGGAGCGCGCGCACUCGGAGGACAGAAAACGCCGUUUGUCACCAGGAUUUUUUUGCGGGAUCCGCGCGGUGGGGGGGGGGGGGUGAUCGGAGUUGGCACUUUGAACGCGGGUCAGUCGGACAGAUGUUGAGCUCCGCUGUAACGACGCCGCGUCUGCGCUCAGAUGAACUCGGUAUCACGUCGUCGUCGCGUCGCGUGUUUCAGUCUUAGGUGCGCGAGGAAAUGACACAUUUCUGACUAUCGUUUUCGAAAGGGAGUCGAGCCGAGGCAGAAGGACUAGGAGCAGUGGGCUGUUUUGUGACAAGUCUGCUCCCGAAGAGGAGUUGAGUUCCCAGUGGAUAGAUACCCGUGCGCCGCGGGAAAGGGACACUCUGGACAGAAGGACGGAAGACUCGGUCACCCGCGCGCGACUUCGCAGAUUAAAGCCGGGCGACACCGAAGCGAAGGUGGGAGACAGAGACGCAGAGGGGGACAGACGCAGAGAGAGAGACGGACGGGGUAGAGGAUGGCUGUGCUGUCCGCCUGGCUCCUGGGACUCUUGCUGCACACGGGCUUCACGGGAGCUGCGCUCGGGGACCAAGCGGAGCCAUGUGGCGGUCAGCUGGAUGCCAGUCAGCCGGGUUACAUCACGUCGCCGGGCUACCCGCAUGAGUACCCGCCCCACCAAAGCUGCCGAUGGGUGAUCACGGCACCCGAGCCCUCCCAGCGCAUCGUGCUCAACUUCAACCCCCACUUUGAGCUGGAGAAGCUGGACUGCAGGUACGACUUCAUCGAGAUCCGCGACGGCAACUCGGAGUCGGCGGACCUGCUGGGGAAGCACUGCAGCAACAUCGCCCCGCCCGCCAUCAUCUCUUCCGGGCCCGUGCUGCACAUCAAGUUCGUCUCCGACUACGCCCACCAGGGCGCCGGCUUCUCGCUGCGCUACGAGAUCUUCAAGAUAGGCUCAGACUGCUCUCGGAACUUCACGAGCCGGUCUGGGGUGAUCGAGUCCCCAGGGUAUCCCGACAAAUACCCCCACAACCUGGAAUGCACCUUCAUCAUCAUCGUGCCGCCUCGCAUGGAGGUGACCUUGACCUUCGUGACCUUUGACCUGGAGAACGAUCCCUUGAUGGUGUUGGAAGGGGAGUGCAAGUACGACUGGCUGGAGAUUUGGGACGGUCUCCCACAGGUAGGGCCUCUGAUUGGACGUUACUGUGGGACCAAGGCACCUCCUGAGAUCCGGUCCUCUACAGGCCUCCUCUCCCUCUCCUUCCACACCGACAUGGCGGUGGCCAAGGAUGGCUUCUCUGCUCGGUACAACAUGACGCACAGGGAAAUCAGUGACACCUUUCACUGCAGCAAUGCCCUCGGCAUGGAGUCCAGGAAGAUCUCCGAUGACCAGAUCACUGCCUCUUCCACCUUCAAUGAAGGGCUCUGGUCCCCCAGGCAGGCACGACUCAACAACGAGGACAAUGGCUGGACCCCCAGCGAGGACAGCAACAAGGAAUAUAUUCAGGUGGACCUGAGCUUCCUCAAGGUCCUGACCGGUAUCGCCACCCAGGGGGCCAUCUCUAAGGAGACACAGAAGUCUUACUUCGUCACUACCUUCAAACUAGAGGUCAGCACCAAUGGGGAGGAUUGGAUGAUCUACCGCCACGGCAAGAACCACAAGGUUUUCCAUGCCAACACGGACCCUUCAGAGGUUGUCCUGAACCGCAUUCCCCAGCCGGUUCUGGCUCGCUUCGUACGGAUCCGCCCGCAGAGCUGGAAGAACGGGAUUGCCUUGCGCUUCGAGCUGUACGGCUGCCAGAUCACUGACGCCCCCUGUUCAGAGAUGCAGGGAAUGCUUUCGGGCCUUCUGCCAGAGUCGCAGAUCUCCGCCUCCUCCAUGCGGGACAUCCACUGGUCUCCGGGGGCAGCGCGGCUGGUCGCUAGCCGUUCGGGUUGGUUCCCCGGCCCCACGCAACCGCUGGCAGGCGAGGAGUGGCUGCAGGUGGACCUGGGAGUGCCCAAGGCAGUGCGCGGUGUCAUCACGCAGGGGGCGCGUAGCGGGGAGGGCAGCACUAGUGCGGAGAACCGGGCCUUCGUCAGGAAGUAUCGCGUGUCCCACAGCAUGAAUGGCAAGGACUGGACCUUCAUCAUGGAUAGCAAGACCAACCUUCCCAAGAUCUUUGAGGGAAACACUCACUACGACACACCUGAGGUGCGCAGGUUCGAGGAAAUCACCGCUCAGUUCAUUCGGAUUUACCCUGAGCGGUGGUCGCCAGCAGGCAUUGGCAUGAGGAUGGAGGUUCUGGGCUGUGACCUGCCUGAAACCACCUCCCUCUCUGAGAUGGCCACACCCACUGUGCCCCACCCAGUAGAGAGCAGCACCGCCCACCGAGCAGGCGCAGUCCCCACAGCAGCCCCUUCUCCUCAGAACAGCCGGUGUGACUUCGAGCACGGCUUGUGUGGGUGGACCCAUGACCUGGCGGCUGACUUCAGCUGGUCCCAGCGCGAUGCUGGCUCUUUCCCAGGUUUGGGUCCCAGCCAGGAUCUCUCCCUGGGCUCUGAUGACGUGGGGGCCUUCCUGUACAUGGAGGCAAGCCCAAGGACAGAAGGGCAGCGUGCCCGGCUGGUCAGCCCGCUGGUGGCGGCGGAGAGGGGGCCGCUCUGCCUCAUCUUCUCCUAUCAGCUGCGGGGCGAAGGGGUGGGCCACCUGCGAGUGCUGCUCAGGGACACUGACCAGGAAGAGACCUUGCUGUGGGCUCUGAAGGGGGACCAGGGGCCCGUCUGGAGGGAGGGCCGCACCGUCCUCCCCCGCUCACCCAAGGAGUACCAGGUAAUCUUGGAGGGCUUCUUUGACCAUGGCAGCAGAGGGCACAUCUGGCUGGACAACGUGGAUAUGAGCUCCAGCACCAUGUUGGAGCAGUGCACCCAGCCUUUUUCUGCUUUCCCUCCUUACAUGACUGGGGGAGCCCUUCCUGGCAGGAGUGACCCCACUGUAGACACGGUGUCAGUGCAGCCCAUCCCCACCUACUGGUAUUAUGUAAUGGCCGGCGGUGGCGCCCUGCUGCUCCUGGCUUCGGCCACACUGGUCAUGGUGCUGUGCUGCCACCGCUACCGUGUCGCGGCCAAGAAGAGCCAGCACUCGGUGGCAUACCAGAGCUCCCAGUACUCUACGAGUGCCACACCGGCACCCGGGGUGGAGCCUACGCUCUCCAUUAGACUGGAGAAGGAGGACCACAGCUCCCGAUGCUGAGGGCCAUAGACUCUGCCCUUGGCUCCAUGGCAACUAACAGCGGCGGUCAGAUACCUGGGCUUGCGUGUGCAAGCUGCUGGUUACUGUGGGCAUCUGAAAAGGAUCGUUUACUGACUUUGUUUCUUCCAUUGGAUGCUGCAUCUCAGAGAAAAAAGGAAAAAUACAGAAAACAAGUGUGAAUGACAGAAAAUACAAAGCCUGUAUCAUGGACAUGAGUUUGGGGAGGUUUCCUAGGGAAUCUGAGACUUUAUGGGACAGAGUCUUCUGUCCUUGUGUUUGCUGCCCUAAUCUUGUUUUCUACCAAGCACCCAGCCAGAACCUUUGAGUGCCAGCCCCGUUCCUCUGGAUUUCUGGAAAGGAUUCGAAGAGAGUCUUUUUGUGGAGAUUUAAUCCCAAACUCGUGACAAAUCCGAUUGUAACGUCAAAAUGUUGCCCCAGUAAUGCCAACACUGCUGUGAUAGAAGAAAAGGAGACACUUUAUACAAAGUCAAUGUGUGCAGUACACACAUAGAGCGAGGCUAGACUGAGACUGUUAGAGGCAAGACAGAGACUGCAACAUAGAGAAGAGGCUACACAAGCUCUUUUUUGAGUGGAGAGUCUACUGAGAUUUCCAGAAGAACCUCAGAUGAGACUCUUAGAGUCAGUUUGAGAGCUCAGCCAAGACUUAAGGAGACUCUAGACUGACACUGAUUGAGUCUAGAUUGAGACUUUUGAAAAAUAGACUUGACUGAGACCAGCUGAGAAGAGAAGGAGAGGCCAAACUGCCACUAUUAAUAUUGAGUCAAGGUAGAGACUCUUAAAGAGGUAAGAUAGAGACUGCUACAAAGAGGAGGGGCUGCAAAAGCUCUGUUUUUGGGGGGACAUAGAUUGUUGGAAGAGCCUCAGAUCAGUUGAACCUGUUAGAGGAAAGGCUAGAUUGAGACUUUUGGAGGAGAAACUUAACUGAGACUGGUAGCAUAGAGUAGAAGCUCAACCAAGAAUCUCGAUGGAGACUGUUAGGGGACAGGCUGAGACUAAGGAGAAUCUAGCAUAAGACUGUUGGAGAGGAGGCUAGAUUAAGGAGGAACUUGCCUUACGUUGGAAGAGUAGAGUCUUGACUGAGACUGUUAGUGACAAAUCUAGUCUGAGACUGUUACAGGAGAGGAAUGAGGUUUCUGGAGUAACUUGUGGAAUGACCUUGCUUGAUUUCUGAGCUUGGUUCUGACGGAAAAGGGCUCUGGCGAGUAAUGUUGGUGAGAUGUGGCUUGGUGUUUAAAAGGCUGUUCUUAUAGCUCUAAUGAGCAAUUUAGAAAUAUCCGCCAGUUGCAAUGGACAAAAAUUCCCUUAUCUUAAGUGAGGACAAUGUUCCUCUGUUUGUUAUGGUGAGGGAACUCAAUGACUGAAACAAGUGAGUGUUUCUCCUGCCUACAGUCUCCCUUUUCCUUUUCCUUUUCUUUUAACUUCCUUUUUGUUUGCUAGUGGAUCCUGUCAUGUGGAGGAUGGCUCGAGGAAUGAGUAUGCAUUAAUUCAAGCUGCAAAAGAGAUAAAACCUGACAUCAGUUUUUAUGGCCACCUCCCCUUGAAAGAGGAAAAGGGUGGAUUUUCUUUCUUGAAGAACAUGGAUGCUCUUCCUUUUAAUGUCUGAUCUGAUCAAAAUAAGACUAAGGGUUAAAGAAAAAGUGCUUUUGCACUCAUGUUAAAGCAGCUGUUUGCUUUUUGAUCUGCAGAAGGCUUUUGGACCUGCCUUUGGCAGCUUUGCUGCUCUCACAUUACUUUAGCCUUAAUCUGAAGGACACAAGGAGUGGUCAGAAAGACUUUUUUUUACUAGGGAGUCAAAAUCUUUUUUUUUUUUUUUACACUGACUUGCUGUUCUUGCUUUUGAUACAUGCAUUGCUCAAAUUGUCUGAAACGAGGAUGCCCAUUGUUUUUAUAGCUGGCAAAGAGAAAUGUGUUUUGGCAUAUCAUGGAUGUUGAGCUGAUUAAGCAGAUGCCUGGUGUUUGGUUGUUGCCUGUGAUUUAUUGAAGCAAUGACUCUUGAGAUGAAUAUGUCGAUGCAUAGGUCUGACAAAUAAGGUGCGAAAUAAAUAAGGUGACCGGAAACUUGGAGUAACAUUUCGCCAGGGAUUGAAACAGUUCAGUACAACUGUACUCCAGCUUGUUUUACAAUACACCUGAAAGCAAGUCCAUGCGUCUCAUCUUUGUUUUAAAUAUUUCAUUAAAUUACAUUUUUAUUAGCUUUGCACAUGCCUUUACCCAGAGCUACUUACAAAGCAUACUGUUAACUUUUACUCAGGUUAAGUACUUGCUAAAUAGUACAAGUUUUUCCCUGCUUGGCUUUGAACCUGCUACUUUUUCUGCUGGAAUCUCAAAUGCUAGUGCAGUGCAGUCUGGAAUUCAUCACUGACUUGGCCAAUGAUCACAUCCUGCGAUAAAAUAAAACCAUACCAGCAGUAAUAUAUACAUGUAAAAUGACAGAGAACUGACAAAUCUGAAGUACAUCUUUUGUAAACCCUUGUUCAAGGAUCGUUAAAGGUCUCCAUGAAUCACCACAAUGUUCAGUGACUUCAAAAACGUUGUUUUUACAAGGUGGGAGAAGUGGAAAGUUCUGGCCAUGCCAAUAAGUCCAUUUGGCCGACGGGCCCUGGUUUGGUUCUGUUUAUAGGACAUAAGCAAGUAGAAAAAGGAACAGAUAAACCCUGCGUCCAUCUGUAGUUGAGAGAUUGACUAGGGGUUUACCACCAUUCCCUUGUUUAUGAGUCCUGUGUGUAGCGAUGGCACAGAUCAAAGGAAGCCUUUA